UUUGCUGAGUUUAUGCAUUUCUGCUUGUUACUCAGAUCAUGUGUCUGACCUAAAACAACUCAUCCCUCAAGAGAGAUAGAGAGCAUUUCCUUUUUGUACACAUCUUUCACAUUAGAGAAGACAGGCUUUGUACUGACUUGACAUUCAUCUGUGUUACCUAGCUUUAUCCUAAGAAAAAGUUGUAAGUGAAUAGGUAUCUAAUUUUCUUCCUAUAAAUUAAGAUGUUUUAUUGCCAACACCCUGAACACACGGGCACAUUUUGCCUCGUUACGCUGAAUCUUAUCCCCGCAGACCCACCUGAUGGCUCCCCCUCCUGUUCUGUGGAGGCAGCUCUGAAUUAUACUGCUUUGAGACUCCUCUGCUCUUGGCCCGGCGGAUUACCCUCCCCCUCUCUCCACUGGACCGGACUCAUGAAUCAAGUGGGCCAAGAUGAGGCUGGCACAGGGCAGCAAACAAAUCCACUGACCAAUACUGCCGUCUUGCUGCCAUCUGAAGGCCUCAACUCCAACAGCUUGUUUACUUGCAUGGGCUCCCACCUGGCACUUAAAUAUUCAACAGAGUGCAGCACACGCACAUAUAUUCCCCCUGCAGAGCCGGAGUGUUUUGCCUAUGUGACUAACAAUAAACAGUAUCUGAUGCUGUCCUGCUCCUGGGAUGGAGGGGCCCCGAAAGCCUUGGUGUGGUGGGAGGGCCCAGAUGGCCAGGCCAAAGGCGGAGAAGAAAACUCCAACAUCCUGAUCCUUCGCUACGGCACCGCCCGCAGCGGGAAACCCUACACCUGCCAUGCUAAGCAUCCACUUCUGGUCCAAACCAAAACCUGCAGGCUCACACUGGAGGCUCCUGUAUUGCUGACACAGCGCAGAGUUGUGUCUGUAUACGAGGGGAGUGACGUUCAGCUCACCUGCAACCUGAGAGCCAACUACCUUCCUGUCAGUGAAAUCACCUGGUUUAACAAUCAGGGUGUGGGCGUCCUAGACACCUCAAAGUACGCACUGCUGCAAACAUCUGCAUGGGCCAAUCUGACUGUGAGAGACACAGAUGAGACUCAAGACAGCGGCGAGUACAGAUGCUUCGCUUCCAAUGCAGUGGGAGGAACUGAAAUCAAUGUCACUUUAGUGAUCAAGAGGUACCCCAUGCCACCCAAUGUGACCCUGGUCAAAGUGAUGUACAACAGCCGACAGCGUAACGAGGUGGAGCUGGAGUGGCAGGUAGAGAAUGAAGGAGGAGGAGGAUGGACAGGUUUCAUCCUGCAGCAUAUAUGGGUGUCAGAGCAACCAGGAAGGAGAGGCAGCAACAAUGUUUCAAAGCAGGAGAUGGAGGAGAGGAUCAGUCCACCAGACUGGUACUCUAAUAUCAUCCAGGGCCCAGAAGUCAGGAUCUAUACAGUAGGGAGACUGACACCGACCGUUACCUAUCAGUUCCGCAUCACGCCUGUCAACCACCGCACCGUCGGACAUCCUUCUGCUGCAAAGACUCCAGGUAUAAUAAGUGAACAGAGUGAGGAAAGUAUGGUCAGAUACGGGAUUUAUGGCAGAGAACUGAGCAAAGACAGGGGCUUGAGUUAGGGAUGUCUUAACAAACAGAUGAUGAAAAUACAUGCAGGA